GCAGGAGACAGGAGCUCCCGUGACGCACGAGCCGAUCACCUCCUAACUUCUGUGUGUUUGUGUGUUUGUGUGUCUGUUCGCGCGCCGCAGAGGAAUCUGCCACCUCCCUGCUGCAGACAUGGACGAGAUGGAGGAAGAGUUGAAGUGCCCCGUGUGCGGCUCCUUUUUCCGGGAGCCCAUCAUCCUGCCCUGCUCCCACAACAUUUGCCAGGCGUGUGCCCGGAACAUCCUGGUGCAGACCCCCGACGCGGAGUCUCCACAGAGCAGCCGAGCCUCCGGGUCCGGCGUCUCCGACUACGACUACCUGGAUCUGGAUAAGAUGAGCCUGUACAGCGAGGCGGACAGCGGCUACGGCUCCUACGGGGGCUUCGUGAGCGCACCCACCACCCCGUGCCAGAAGUCCCCCAACGGGGUGCGGGUUUUCCCCCCGACGGUCCCGCAGCCUCCCCCGCAGCACCACCUGCUGCCCCAGCCGAGCUCCCUGCCCCAGAUCCCCCGCAACUCCUGCAUCACCUGCCCGCAGUGUCACCGCAGCCUCAUCCUGGACGAGCGGGGUCUCCGCGGGUUCCCCAAGAACCGGGUGCUGGAAGGGGUGGUGGACCGGUACCAGCAGAGCAAGGCGGCUGCUCUCAAGUGCCAGCUCUGCGAGAAGAGUCCGAAGGAGGCCAGCGUGAUGUGCGAGCAGUGCGACGUGUUCUACUGCGACCCGUGCCGUCUGAGGUGCCAUCCUCCCCGCGGGCCCCUCGCCAAGCAUCGCCUGGUGCCGCCGGCGCAGGGCCGGAUAAGUCGACGCACGAGUCCCCGCAAGAUCUCCACCUGCACGGAGCACGAGCUGGAGAACCUGAGCAUGUACUGUGUGCAGUGUAAGACGCCGGUGUGUUACCAGUGUCUGGAGGAAGGCAAGCACGGCACACACGAGGUCAAGGCUCUGGGUGCAAUGUGGAAACUGCACAAGGGUCAGCUGUCCCAGGCCCUCACCGGCCUGUCCGACCGAGCCAGUGAGGCCAAGGAGUUCCUGGUCCAGCUGAGAAACAUGGUGCAGCACAUCCAGGAGAACGGCGUGGAGUUCGAGGCGUGCCUGGUGGCUCAGUGCGACGCCCUCAUCGACGCCCUGAACCGACGCAAGGCCCAGCUGCUGUCCCGGGUCAACAAGGAGCACGAGCACAAGCUGAAGGUGGUCCGGGAUCAGAUCUCCCACUGCACGGUGAAGCUGCGUCAGACCACGGGGCUGAUGGAGUACUGUCUGGAGGUCAUCAAGGAGAACGACCCCAGUGGUUUCCUCCAGAUCUCGGACGCUUUGAUCCGGAGGGUCCACAUGACGGAGAGUCAGUGGGGGAAGGGAACCCUCACCCCGAGGAUGAACAGCGACUUUGACCUCACCCUGGACAGCGGGCCGCUCCUGCAGACGAUCCACCAGCUGGACUUUGUGCAGCUGAAAGUCCCAGCUGCUCCGAUGCUCCAGCUCGAGGAAUGCUGCACACAGAACAACAGUGCCACGCUGUCAUGGAAGCAGCCGCCGCUCUCCACCAUCACCGUGGAAGGAUACAUCCUGGAGCUGGACGACGGGAACGGGGGUCCCUUCAGGGAAGUCUACGUGGGGACGGAGACCAUCUGCACAGUGGACGGGCUUCAUUUCAACAGCAAGUACAAGGCCAGAGUGAAGGCCUUCAACGCCAGCGGAGUGGGGCAGUACAGCAAGACCCUGAUCAUGCAGACGUCUGAGACUGGACACUCUCCAUGUGAUAUUCAGUCUAUAGGCACAGUUGCCUGGUUCACCUUUGACCCAGCCUCCGCUCACCCGGAUAUCAUCUUCUCCAACGACAACCUGACGGUGUCGUGCAACAGCUACGACGACAGAGUGGUCAUGGGUAACUCCGCCUUCUCGCGCGGCGUGCACUACUGGGAGAUGACCAUCGACCGCUACGACAACCACCCCGACCCGGCCUUCGGGAUCGCUCGGGGGGACGUCUUGAAGGACGUGAUGCUGGGGAAGGACGACAAGGCCUGGGCCAUGUACGUGGACAACAACCGCUCGUGGUUCAUGCACAACAAUUCACACACCAACAGGACGGAUGGCGGCAUCAGUAAAGGAGCUACGAUAGGAAUGCUGCUGGACUUCUCACGCAGGAUCCUCAUCUUCCUCAUCAACGACGAGCAGCAGGGUCCUGUGGCGUUCGAGGGGUUGGAGGGCGUCUAUUACCCGGCGAUCAGCCUCAACCGAAACGUCCAGGUCACGCUGCACACUGGUCUACCCAUCCCUGAUUUCUACACCCCCGGGGAGGCGGAUCCGAAUGGCUCCGUGUGCUAAAGGCCCCCCCCCCCACCAUGUUUACCCAGGGGUCCCUCUGCCAGUCAAUAACUAUAAUUCCACCCUCCUGUUCCUCUUCCUCCUCUCGCCCCCUGACCGACUGACCCCGUGACUCUCUGAAACAGGCCCCAUCCAGCACUGAGCCAUGCCUUUAUCAUGCCUGAACCUUGGACACACGGACCAUCCGCAGAAUACUGUCACGACGGACGGUGCUGUGCCACUGUUAGUUAUAUUUGAAUAUGAUACAGAUGGAUGAAGAAGGUGACAAAAAAUAUAACUGAUGGAUCCGGAAUGUUCAAAUUUGUGUACAUUUAUUAUAAAAUGUGGUUAAAGGAGAAAUUUGGGGUGAAAAAUGCUAAUAUGUUUUGAGAUGAGAACGUUUAUACCACUUUCACAUCUCUACGAUAAAUAAAUACCUGCAGCUAGCAGGCCAGUUACGAUUAGCUUAGAACAAAGAUUGGAAAUAGCUGAACUGACUAUGUCCAAAGUUCAGUAAUACCUCUACCGCUAAAGUUCACUUAUUCAAACGUAAGGACAGAUACAUUUGGACAGAUCAAGCCAUUUCUACGGUGGCCAGGAGAGCUCAAAUUCAGGAAACGCAUGCAAAUAGAAAAGAAACACGUGCAAGUUAGGAAAACAACAAGGAAUUUGCAGUGCGUUGAGCUCUCUCGGCCACCGUAUAUAUUUUCAAAUUCAGAAAUUCAUGCUAAGCUAAGCUCAGCCCCUGCCUGCUGUAGCUUCACGUUUAUUUUUACAGCGGUACAAGUGAACGUUUCCUAAAUCGUUGAGCAUCCCCUUUAAAGUGGGGAGGUUGUUUAUGAUGUCGUACCAAUAACAUUUAGUCCACUGCAUUUAUUCUACACCCCCCCCUUUUCAAAAGCACACACGUACAAACACAGCAUCUCCGGCCAUCGGUCAUCUUCACCAAGCGACCACACCAGAGCGAGCACGAUGGGUCGUCUCCUCUGCGUGUCGGUGUGAAUGUGUGUGAUGGCGUGAUGGCGGGUGGAGACAACGAUGCUGCAGCCAUUUGAUACCCGGACGAGAGCAAUAGCCCGACUCUCAGCCGCGUCACCGUCGUUCGCUCGUCCGUGUAAAUGAGACGCUUUUUCAGUCGUGGCUUAGCUCAUGUGAAUCUGUAUCGUCUGUAAAGAAAAACUAUAAAAAACAUUGGUGUGUAAAACGAUUCUAGAAGCGAGGCCUUCGUCCGGGAGGGAUUCUUUCUGGUUUGAUGUCUCAUGGAAGCCGGACGUUGUGUUCGCUGACGUGAUAAAGAUGAUGACGCUGUUUGAAUAAGGUGCUGGAGCAGCGCGUUUCGUUCUUUUUUUUACUUCUGGCGACUGAAUCCUGCUAGUUUUAUAAUAUUGAUAUUGAAAUGAUAUAUUGCAAAGGAGUGUACAGCUCAAUAAGUUAUUGAUGUUUUUUUUUUUCGAUGGGAAUUCCCGAUUGUUCCUUUAUUCGAUGUUGAGUUACUACAGAGAGAAUUUUUUUGUCGCUUUAAAAAAAACGUGGCUUGUAAGGUUGUUCUGAUAAUGAAGAGGUUUCCAUUGGAACCGGUGUGUGUCCUACAAAAGCAGGUGUGGGUGUGUGUGUGUGUGGGGGGGGGUUGUGUGCGAUCACUUUGGGCAAAAGUUUCCUCAACUGGCGACAAUGUGAGACGAGCAGGAAGUUCUUGAGACGAAGCCAUGCUAGCAGCUCAGUGGGGCUGAACCCAGGCACAGCGCUAGGCCUACUUUAUGCUAAUGCUAACAUAAACGGCAGGUACAUUAUAUCGUUUGCCAUGUUCACCAUCCUAGCUCGCCCUGUGCUUGCAGCUCACUGGGGCUGAUCCUAGGCACAGUGGUAGGCCUACUGUUAGCUAAAUGCUAAUGCUAACAUGGUAACAUGCUCAUACUGUCAAUUUGCAAAUAAAUAGCAGGUUCAUUAUAAUGUUUACUAUGUUCACCAUCUUGGCUCAACCAUGCUAGCAGCUCAGUGGGGCUGUACUCAGGCACAGCCAAAUACCUACUUUAAGCUAAUGCUAAUGCUAAUAUAAAAAGCAGGUUCAUUAUAAUUGUUCCUAGCUCACCAUGCUAGCAGCUCAGCGAGGAUGUGUACUGGGACAAAGUGGUACUUUAAGCUAAAUGCAAAUGCUAUUGCUAGCAUAUCAAAAUUAACCCUCGCAAUGACAUUCUGUUGUGCUAAUACAUGGGAUCAACCAAGUGUGUACAAUUAAUCCUUAUAAUGUAGGAGGAUGUGAAUAUAUGUUGCCAAAUUUCAUUGAAUAAUUUUCAGAACAAUUUACUCCAAAACACAAAUGUUAAUCUCAUGGUGGCGCUAGAGGGAAACUCAGAGGAUCACCAAAGUCAUCAGGAUUAUUUUCCCAUGAAUAUCUGUAUAAUGCUUUAGUCCAUCAAAUAAAUAUUAUUGUCUAACAAGGACAAGUUAGCCAUGACCUGGUGGUGGCGCCAUAGGAAUAGUCCAGGGUCAAGGAGAAGUCCAUUUAAUCGUUUUCAAGACAUGUGACUAAAAACCAAACUCUUAAACCCCAUGAUGGCGCCAGACUCAAAAUCUGAGGAUUCCAAAGUUUUUAGUUUUCAGUUGAAGGAUCAUCCAAAAUUUCUUCGUAACGCAUCCAGUCGUUCUAAAGAUGAGACUUGACCAAAGUGGUGGACCAGCCUGACCCCUGCUGCCACACAGCUAGCAUUAGCAUGGCUCAAAUAAGUAAGGUCCAGUGUGUAAGAUUUGGAUUAAAGCGAUCUAUUGGCACAAAUCGAAUAUGAAAUAGUACUAGUGAUGUUUUCACUAGUGUGUUUCAUCUAAAUUGUACAAAUUGUUGUUUUCUUUACUCUUAAUAUUGAAGUACUUUAUAUUUACUUCCGGAGCGAAUCCUCUCUACGGAGGCCGCCAUGUUUUCUACAUUAAUUCACUAAUUCAUUACACACCUUUUGAGUUUUUAUGACAACUGAUGGCUACCACAGGUUCUCUUCCAUGUUUGGAAGGGGAGGGUGAGCUAAGGGUUGUUCAGCUGCAACAUGCAACUUCACCACUAGAUGUCACUAAAUUCUACACACUGAACCUUUAAGUUAACAUGUUCAGGAGUCAGUCUGAGGGAACAGUUGCCCGAUAAAAAGUAAAAAAAAAGUUUCCUCUAGCAUCGUGGCCCCUGAAACCUACAGUACAUGUCUAGCAUUUACAGAAGGUGCUAUCAUGUGUUAGAGCUUCGUGACUGUGCCUUUCCCCUUCUUCAAUACCCCAAUAAUUUAGAAAACUUUGCUACAAACUAGAUUCAUUACUUCAGCAGAGUCAACCCUAACAUCUGUGAUGCCUGACUUCAAAUGCUGCUGCACAUUUUUUCUAUCAUAAAAGGGCAAAUUUCAACAUGUUUGCUAUGGAUGUGUAUACACCACUGUAUGAACGGGGUCAUUACAGUCAGGUAUAGGUCAAGGUGUGUUUGGUUUCCCCUUUUUAAAUUCCUCUUUUUCUCUUCUGCUGAUUUACACGGAUCGGACCACAAAGCUGCUAAAAUGGCUGCACACUGUAGACCUGCGAUAUUUGCAUGUGUGCUUAUACAACGAAGAACUAAACUGAGCCACUGCAGCUUUCAGCAAGUCGCACAGCCUUUGGUACAAGGCUGAAUUCAAGUUUCCACUUAUGCAACAUUUAAUUGGAAGUUUUUUUUCAAGGUAAGCCUUUUGUCCGGCCAUAAUUAAGAAACGCACUCAGCAAAAACAGCCCGAUCAGCGUUCAUGCAGACGAGUGCAGCCAUUAUCACAGUAUUACACAACCGCAGAAUCCAGGACAAAUAAACAAACAUGACAUAAUCAAGCAAAAGUUUAUUUUAGGUCCACCUGUCCAGUAUGAGAUGAUACACACACCUUUUUUUGUUCAUUUUUAACACAAGGUAAAUAUUUUUAACGCAAUCUCUCUGUGAAACUGUGAACUUCUUAAUUGAAAAAUGACAGAUGUGUGUGUUUCUGCACUGAACACACAAGGGUGCUGGCAUUUAACAAAGUGUGUGAUUGUAACAGUUAUCAUUUCUAAACCAGCCAAACACACUUUAUUGAUAUUAAAACAGACCCGGGGAAGAUUUAAAGUCUCAUACAGCCUCGUCAAACUUUUAUGAAUUACUGUAAACCUACACACAGUCGCUGGGCGACACUGGGUGUUAUAUCUCCAAAUGUACAUACGUGUGUGUGUGUGACGGAGUGUGAACGAGUGUGUGUGUGUAACUUGCAUUAUAACCUCAUUUAACUCCAAAGUUAUUUCUUGUUACCCUGUUUGAUCUGAGGUGGAAUGUCACUUAAUAUUAUUAGUUACAGUGAAACUGAAAUAUGUCUAUGGAAAAAUUUACAAGUAUAAAAUGAACAUUGUUACUGCUAUUAUUUUAAGACCCUAUGAUUACUAUGAUUGUUAUAAUUAUAUGUCUAUCAUGACCAUAUUACUGCUAUAAUUAUGAUUUGAAGUAUAAUAUGCGGCUCUGUGUUUUCUGUAUGUGUGAAUAUUCAAUAAAUAGGUGUCAACAAGGUCUAAGGUUG